AUGGGUUUAAUUGCAGAAGAAAUUACGGGGCUUUAUAGAGUUCGAAAAACAGUGAUGCAAAUGCUGAAAGAUUGGAACUAUAUUUAUGUGCUUUUCCCUGACGAACCAAAAGUUGGGGUCAAGACAAUCAAGAAUUACAUCAAAGGCUUUGUUCAGGAGGAUACAGACAAAGGCAUCGUGGAGGCAGAAUUGUUGGUACAAAAGCAUGUUCUAGUUCCAGAGUAUUGGGAGCUUAAAAAUGAGGUAAAGAAGACUUUGCUGGAGGGGGGUGAACAGACUAUCUUUGCUGGAAAAGUUUCAGCACGCUUGACUGGAGCACUCAAAAUGUCACGAAGUUUGAGGCUUGCCAGGAGUACAACACUAUUUGUAUCUAUAAUCCCAUAA